UGCUCCACCCCACCCCCUCCUCUCCUCUCCUCUCCUCCCCCUCUGUCUCUUCCUCCCGCCCUCCAACCCGUCCCCGUGUCCCAGUAAAGCGCUUUGAGCUCCGGGACUCGUCCUAGUAGCCUAACGCCGUCAGAUGGAAACAUGGCGACAGAGUUCCAUAACCUCCAAGAGUUGAGGCACAGUGCAUCUCUGGCCAACAAGGUGUUCCUGCAGAGAGACUACAGUGAUGGGACCACCUGCCGCUUCCAGACCAAGUUCCCUUCUGAGCUGGAGAGCAGGAUUGAGCGGCCGUUGUUUGAGGACACUGUGAAGAGGUUGAAUAUCUACUAUGCGGAGGCAGAGAAGAUGGGAGGCCAGUCCUACCUGGAGGGAUGUCUGGCCUGCGCUACAGCCUACCUCAUCUUCCUCUGUAUGGAGACACGCUAUGAGAAGGUGUUGAAGAAGAUAGGCAGGUACAUCCAGGAGCAGAAUGAGAAGAUCUACGCCCCCCGAGGUCUACUCAUCACUGACCCCAUUGAGAGGGGCAUGAGGGUCAUCGAGAUCUCUAUCUAUGAGGACCGAGGCUCCAGUGGCUCCUGCUCAGGCUCCAGCUCUACGUCCGGUAGCAGUGCUCGGUGACCGGGUACAUGUCACCUCCUCGCCACCUCCUCGCCACCUCCUCGGUCCCUGGAACGCAACACCCAACCACAGUGUUCGGUGACUGGGUCCACGGCACCUCUACCCCCCUGAUCCCUGGAGCUCUACAACCCUGGUCCCUUAGAGAACCACCCCGACAGCAGUUCUUGGUGGGCUGGGUAUGCCUCACCUACCGCAACCACAAUGGCCCUGACCGUAACAAACUUGAGCUAACCGACCGAACAUUCGAUUGCAACUGAACCACAUGGACCGAAGCAGAUCAAGCUGAAUCUAUCAACGUUGGGAAUACUGACGAUUUGAAAUUGCAUUUUGGUUACGUCCCAAAUGGCAGCUUCUUCAGGCCCUGGUAAAAAAAUACACUAUAUAGGGAGCCAUUUGGGACACAAGUCCUCCUAUAGUGCACUAGUUUGGGGCUCUGGUUUAAAGUAGUGCACUAGUUUGGGGCUCUGGUUAAAAGUAGUGCACUAGUUUGGGGCUCUGGUUAAAAGUAGUGCACUGUGUUUGAAGAUAGUAGUGUUCAAGAUGGGGACUAGGGUGUCAUUUGAUAUGGAACGAUGAUGGACUACUACGCACCUACCUGUAUUCAAUAGUGCACAUCAUAGUGAAACAUUUGAACCAGGGAAAACAGUUCUUAUUGGACACGUUUCAGGUAGUCCCUCUACUGUUUCAGUUGGUUUUCUGCCGUUUGCUGUCUUGUGAAUAGGCCCACGACCCAGACACGUACUGUAGGAGAUCUAGGGUGCUUCCCAAAUGGCACCCUAUUCCCUAUAUAGUGCUCGAAUUCUGACCUGGGCCCUAGUAGUGCACUAUAUAGGGAGUAGGGAGCCAUUUGGGAUGCAGCACUACACAGCUCGGCUGAGAUGUAAACCACAUGGAUGGGCUGAUAGUAGCAAACAGAUGAAUGCAGCUCGUUCCAUCCAGAGACAUAUAUUUUAGCCUGUAUAAAUGGCUCAGGUACCAUCCACUGGUCAGUGUCAUGAUGCAGCUUGGUAUCAAACACUCCACAACCCAGCUAACCUCUUGUCUUCAGUGCUGAACCACCAGCUCUCCUAGAUCAUGAUUAUGCAAAAACACAGCUACCUGUAUAGACUAUGUAGCAUCCUUUAACAUAGUGUUCUUCAGUCUUGGUGUUUUAGUGCUGGUCUGGAACAAAAGCCUGCACCAGGACCCUGUAAUAAAGUCAUGAACAAUUCUUCCUGCACGCGCACAAACACUCCUUCCUUUUUUGCUACACAAACCCUCCUCCAAAGAACCAUAAACUGCCAAAAUGUCAUUAUUUAUUGAUGUGAAGCGUCUGCCUUUUUAUUGUCAUCUGGGACAUGUUUAUGCAAAAGUAGAGAACUGGAACCUUCAUAAAAGUAGAGAACUGGAACCUUCAUAAAAGUAGAGAACUGGAACCUUCAUAAUGCUUGUUGUUGUUUGAUACUCAUGAUCAGAAGAACUUUAAUAAAUAACUACUGCUCUUCCAUCACUCCAUUUUAACAUG